GAGUCAGUCGCUAGUCAGAGAGACGUCUCAUCGAUUUGCGGACCGCCGACGCCCGUGCGUUCUCGUACAACGGUGCUGCUGGAAUUGUUUUUAUUGUGUGUGUGUGUCCUUUAACGACGAUCGUCGAAAUCCAUUUAAAAGGAUUGACGCUGACCAAGGACCAAUUUGGAUUUUUUGGAGGCGAUUGAGUUGGUAAAACUAAUUUAGAUCAGAAGGAGAAAUAUGUUCUUCAGCGCCCGUUCAUUGGUCGUAUUCUACUACUGCUGCUCCACUCUACCGCAAUACGUCUUUUCCAAAGGGUUAUUACUGGAGCUUCACCCUAAAAAUUAUCUUACGGUCAGAGAAUGGGACAAGAUGUCAUUAAAGUGUACCAUCAUUAAUUGGUCCCUUAACGAGCCAGCUCCACUUUUCUUUACCAGAGGCAACAUCAGAAAUCUGGAAGAAGCCGAGAGGCAUGAGGAGGAGUUUAAUCGGAAGAGUCGAGCAAAGAUAAUCCAAAUAAACUCGUCAACAGUCGAACUAAAAAUCGACAGCUUCGAACGUGCCGAUCAUGGAACUUACGGUUGCUGGCUUCGAUCGUCUCCCUCAGUAAAAGGCGUCCAAAUUGCGGUUGUAUUUAAAGAAAUAACCCGAGUUUGGGAGGAGACAGAGCGCAUCACAGUAAAAGAGAAAGAUCUUGUUUCUUUACUAUGUAGAGUUGCUCCCCGUUCCGCUACCGACGACAUCUUGUGGACAUUUAACAAUAAAACUAUUGAUUCAAAGAGGAUGGUGUUUCGGAAAAUGAACAACAGCCUAACAAUAUUUAAAAUAUCAGCUGAUUAUCAUGGUAUAUUCACUUGUCGCUACAAGUCUCGUUUGCAUAAAGCUAUGAGGAUUUCGGAGUUUGACGUUAGAGUUUUCAGUCCGGCUAGAAUAGAUUAUAUAACACCUCAUAUGAUUAUUAUAGAAAAUGAGCCAGUGGAGAUAUUUUGCAAUGUUACUGGUUAUCCAAAACCAACAAUUAUAUGGAGAAGAGUUACUAAGGUGGAUCAUGCUACAUAUGAUAUGGAAGUUCGGUCUGAUAAAGGACUGAUACGUAUUGAAGCUAUAAGUCGCAACGAUGCAGGACUUUAUAUCUGCAAUGCAAAGAAUGAAUAUAAUACAAGGAGGGAGGAGAGAAAAGUUAACGUUACAGUAUUAAUUCCACCAAUGGUAAACAUGAAAAAAAGCAUUGUUACAAUUGAAAAAAAAUCCUUUGAUAUUUCCUGCGACGCCAGCGGGGAUCCUGAUCCCCAUGUAGUAUGGGAGAUGCCAGAUGGACGAAAAUUACCAGUUAAAUCUCCUGGGGAAAAGACAACGAGCGGUCGCUUUGCUGUUCAAUCUAAUCGCUUCAGCAUAUCGCAAUUACAUAUAGAGGAUGUUAGAAAGGAAGAUGCCGGAAAUUACUCAUGCACUGCCACCAAUUCGGGAGGAUCGAAGAAAAAUUACACCACAGUUAUUGUAGAAUAUGAACCGAAAAUCCUUGGGGGAUUCCCUGAAUCUCAAAUAGCCUGGCCUAAGACAAGAAAAAAUUUUACAUGCUUAGCUAGGGGUAAACCAUCUCCAAAGAUUUUCUGGCAGAAAAAUGGUUUUGAUAUAAUAGAUAAUAGUACAUUUACUAUGGUUAAAAAGUUAGAGAAGAAUGACGUUGUUAAAAGUACUUUAUUUGUAAGCGUUAAAGACCAAGCUCGUUGGUAUUAUGGAAGUUUUACGUGUUUUGCCAAAAAUACUCAUAAUAAGGUUAAAAAGACAUUUGUACUUACUGGAGCUGAUUUUCCACCCAAGCCCAAAAGGGUUUUGGUUCAAAGAUCACGAAAAAGUGGAUGUAUUAAAUUUAUUGUCGAAGUUGCAUACGAGAGCAUAGAAGAUUUAAGGAUUUUCGCUAUCCAAGUAGAGUAUAAAGAUUCAAGUAAAUAUGGAAAAAGACAAACAAAGACUUACCAAGUUAAUAAGAAAGAAAAUAAACAUGAAAUCAGAGUCUGCGGACUAAAGUCAAUAAUAGCAGCUGGAACACGACACAAUUUCUACUUACUUACUGAAAAUGUAGUUGGUGUUAGUAAACCUAAGAAAGUCAAAUUUUCACCAACCAACAACAUUCCGGGAGAUUCACCGGAAACAGGCUUAAGAAAUGACGAAGUUCCUGAAGGUAAUGACGAUAAUGCAGGUUACAAAGCAAAGUAUCCACGUGGAGGAGCUAGCUCUGAAGAUGACAACUCUAGUAAUUCUAGAGAUAAUAGUGGCCUUAUUAGUUAUGUUGCAGGAGCUUGUGUCUCAUUUUUCCUGGUUGCUGUCACCCUCAUCGCCGUAAUAGUCUACCGUCGUAAAUCAAAAAGCAGGUCAACUUACAAUCGAAGAAGACAGGAUGAAAAAGGAUCUGAAGAACUCAUGUUAACCGUCCGUCGAAAGGAUAGUCCAUUGCCCGACGUUGUGAGAGCGAAAGAGUCAGCCGCUAAUUCACCGGUUCCUAAAAGGGAGCCUGAAACUCCGGUUCCGUCUAGAGCCGAGAGAGCCUGGCAAGCUAUGCUUAUGUCCCGCCAACAAAGAGAUUCAGCAAUCUCAAAAGAGCUCGGAUCACCAUCUGUUGGAGCGGAAUUUCCACCGCCACCCGACUAUGUUCUGGUAGAAAAUCCUUAUGGGACAGCAUCCAGAAGGCAACCAAUAAAUCGCAUAGAUCCAGUCGAUAUAAGUUACAAUGCAGUUCUCGAAGGGUAUUUAUCAGAUGACACGCUCAGCGAAGAUCCUUAUUCGAUUAAACGACGCGUUUAAAAGACAAACAAAUCUGACAAGGCUAAAUGAAGACUGCCAUAUAUAUCACUAUCGCUAAGCCUUUUUAACUGACAAUCUAGGUGUACGUAUUUAUUCAAUCUAACUCAUAAAACUUUAUUCUUUCGUCCUUUUACCGCUUUUUAAUAGCCCUUUUUUGCUGACAUAUGAUACUCAACGUAUUAUUUUUGACAAACAAAAAAAAACUAUUUUUGUUUGCAUCAUAUCAUCAAUAUAUGCAUUUUAUCUAAUCGUUUUAUUUUGUCAAAAUAUAGACGUGUAUCUCUAUUCAAAAUGCAUGAACAGAAAUUUUUACUAAUGUCUAUAAACAGAAAAAGUGCUAAUUUUAUCAAUGAAACUUUUAAAGAUUCUUACUUCUUUUUUUCUUUUUUUACAAAGAAACAAACAACCUUUUACUGUUUUAUGAUUAAGAAACUAUCUAUGUAAAAUAAGGAAAAAAAUGACAAGAAGAGAAGGAAAAUACAACUUUCUUUUCUCUCUUUUUUUCUCUUUUUAGUGUUUAGCGUAAAGUAAAAAAAUUAAAAAGAUAAAAAAAAAAAGAAACUUGCUCCAAAUCAAAAAAAGAAAAACUAAAAGUUUCGGACUUUAGCAAAAAUUGGAAAGAAUUGUAUAAAUGUCAAUAAAAAUACAAGAUUUGUACGUUUGUUAAUGAAUUAUAUUUGUCUUUUCUAUUUUUUUUUUAAUGAAUCAUAUUCAAACGAAGAUUUCUUUUUUUCAACUUCUGAUUAAUGUAUAUAAUUAAUAUUAAAGUAAGUUUCUUCAAGAAAAAAUUUAGAGUUUUUCAAUAACUAUGGCUGAGGCACCACCACCUCCGUUACAAAUUCCAGCGACACCCUUCUGACCAGGUGAUAAUUGUUGAGCAAGAGAUGCUGUAAUUCUAGCUCCUGACAUUCCAAUUGGGUGUCCAAUACUAACGGCUCCGCCGUGGAUAUUAACCUUGGACAUAUCCAAAUUCAUCAUUUUUGCAUUCGCUAUGACAACUGCGGCGAAAGCUUCAUUCACUUCGAAUGAGGCAAUAUCUUCAACUUUAAGGUUGGCCAUUUCGAGUGCUGGAGGAACUGCAAAAGCCGGAGCUAUUGGGAAGUCAAUAGGUUUCGUUGCGGCGUCGGUAAAUGAUAAGAUUUUAGCUAUAGGUUUCAAAUUUCUUUUAGCCGCUUCUUCGGCUGUCAUUAACACUAAAGCACACGCUCCAUCAUUAAGAGUACUGGCAUUUCCAGCUGUUACAGUUCCGUUUUCCCUUUUGAAAACUGCUUUGAGUUGGGAUAUUUUAUCAAAGUUUACUCUUAAAGGUUCUUCAUCUUUUUCAACAAUAGUUUCUCCCUUUCUCGUUUUGAUAGUCACCGGUACAAUCUCUUUAGCAAAGAUUCCAUUCUCCAUACUUGCUUGGCUUUUUUUAUAACUUCUAAUUGCAUAUUCAUCUUGUUCUUCUCGGGUAAUGCCCAUUUGUGUAACUGUAUUCUCGGCGCAAACGCCCAUAUGACAGUUGUCGUAGGCGUCAGUCAGACCGUCGAAUACAAUUCCGUCAUUGACCGUUAUACCACCAUAGGGUGUUGCUCCACGUGCCAUAUAAUAAGGUACAUUAGACAUACUCUCCAUACCACCAGCUAUCAUUACUUUUCUAUGUCCUAACAUUAGGGAUUGAGCUGCCAUCAUUAUCGCUUUCAUACCAGAAGCACAUACUUUGUUAAUUGUUGUGCAAGGAGUUGUGUCCGAACAUUUGGCUCCCAAUGCAGCUUGUCUCGUAGGGGCUUGUUUAGCACGAGCUUGAAUCACUUGGCCCAUGUAAACUUCUUCAAUAUCUGUUGCUUGUAUUCCGGCGCGAUCAAUUGCUCCUUUUAUGGCGACGGUCCCAAGUUCAGGGGCGGUCAUGGACGAGAGGGAACUUUGGAAACAUCCAAUUGGUGUUCUUGCCGCACUGACAAUAACCACUUCCUUUGGCACAUUUGUAGAAGCAUAUCGCUUUAAAAUAUUGAGAAGUCCCU